AUGAAGAUAUUGGGGAUAUGGCCGAAGAAAAGAAAAAUCAAUGAAACAUCGAAUUACUUGGUCCUUCUACCACUUAGCAUGAUGUUACUGUUCAUUGGAAUACCACAAACGAUUAAUCUCUACUUCAUAUGGGGUGAUAUCGAUUUGACCACAGAAAAUUUGUCAGUAGGAAACAUGACUGUGUUACUUGCGAUCAUAAAGGCAACUAUCUUUUGGUUCAGUGGAGAAUCCAUCAGUGUUCUAUUAUCUAACAUGGAAGAGGAUCGGAAAGAAGCAAAUACCGAGGAGGAAACAAGAAGAAUGAUGAGUAUCGCGAAAAUUUGCAGAAAAAUAUCCAUUGCAUGUACUUUAACCUAUGACGUACUCGUUAUUCUUUUCGUCAUUCUACAUUUUUUAUUAGUUCAUUACAUCGGCCGUAUUCUUAUAAUGCGCUCAUAUUUUCCUUACAACAUACAAUCGACACCGAAUUACGAGCUAACCGUUUUUGCUCAAACAUUGGCUGCAUGUUGCAUGGGCAAUGCUUAUACAUCUGUAGACACAUUUCUGGCUAUGUUAGUACUUCAUGUUUGCGGACAAUUUGAAAAUUUGGGAAACCGAUUACGCGAUCUACGUCGCGGAAAGGACAAUGAAUUUUACAUUAAACUUGCCAAAAUCGUUAAGAAACACGAUUCUCUAAACAGAUUCGUCAAUACGAUCGAAAAAAAAUUCAACGACAUGUUACUAUUGCAAAUGCUCGCCUGUACGAUUCAACUUUGUGCUUUGUUUUUCUUACCGAUUAUGAUACUUGGAAAGAAAGAAACGAUGGUCAUUAAAUUUAUUCACAUGACUUUCUUCGUGUUAUGUAUUACAUAUAUUUUGCUGGAAAUUUACCUGUAUUGUUACAUCGGUGAGAAACUCAUUUCAAAGAGCAUCAAAGUUGCCGAUGCUGCAUACGAGUGCAAAUGGUACGAUUUAUCUCCUAAUGAGGCUAAAUCACUUAUGAUAAUCAUGCAUCGAGCAAGAGUACCCCUUUGCAUAACAGCAGGAAAAUUUAGUAUAUUCAGCCAUCAACUUUUCAGCGAUGUAAUUUCCUACGUGGAUUACAUUUGCGGUUGGAAUCGUUACACUAUGAAGAUAUUGGGUAUCUGGCCAGAAAAAAGAAAAUAUAAUCAAGCAUCGAGUUACAUCGUCCUUCUACCAAUUAGCACGAUGUUACUAUUCGUCAACAUACCACAAACGAUAGAUCUCUACUACAUAUGGGGCGACAUCGAUUUGACCGUCGAAAAUUUAUCACUUGGAAAUAUGACCGUUUUAAUUGCCGUUUUCAAGACAACUAUCUUUUGGUUCAGUGGAGGAUCUCUAAGUAUUCUACUAUCUCGUAUGGAAAUGGAUCGAAAAGAAACGAAUACAGAAGAGGAAACAAGAAGAAUGAUGAGGAUCGCGAAAAUUUGCAGAAAAAUAUCCAUUGGAAGUACUUUAACUUAUUACGUUAUUGUUAUUCUCUUCGUUGUUAUUCAUAUAUUAUUAAUUAUCUAUAUCGGCCAUGUUCUCAUAUUGCGCUGUUAUUUUCCGUAUGACAAACUUUCUACCCCGUAUUACGAGCUAACUAUUUUUGGACAAACUAUAGCUGGCUAUUGCACAGGAGGAACGUACACAUCGGUAGACACUUUUGUGGUUACUUUGGUCUUUCAUGCGUGCGGACAAUUUAGAAAUUUGAGACAACAGUUAUCAAAUUUGUCUCCUGAAAAUGACUAUGAAUUUAAAGCUAAAGUAGCUCAGAUUGUUCAAAAACACGAUUCUCUAAACAGAUUCGUCAAUGCGAUCGAGAGACAAUUCAGUGACAUGUUACUAUUGCAAAUGCUCGGCUGUUCGAUGCAACUUUGCGUAACGUGUUUUCAGGCGCUCUUGGCACUUCAAGGAAAUGACGGAAUGAUUUUGAUUCAAAUGUUAUUCUUCGGAUUCUAUUUAUUAUACGUUUUGUUUCAAAUCUAUUUGUAUUGUUAUAUUGGCGAGCAACUCAUUACAGAGAGCAUGGGACUUGCCGAUGCAGUGUACGAGUGUCAGUGGUAUAAUUUAUCACCCAAUCAAAUCAAAUCUUUAAUGAUUAUCAUGUUUCGAGCACGUGUACCUAUGCACAUAACUGCAGCCAAAUUUUGUUCGUUCAGUCACAAACUUUUUGGCAAGGAUAUAGAUAAUAUAGUUGCAGGUGUUCUUAUAGAGCAUGCGCUAGAAAAAAAAAAUACUUUAAAGAGAAACAAACUAAGAAAGGAUCAGUUCCCGAUACGUCGCUGUAAAGGAAACCCACACAUGGAUUUUACUCGAGUUUCCUACGUGGAUUAUAUUUACGGAUGGAAUCGUCUCAUUAUGAAGAUAUUGGGAAUCUGGCCAGAGGAAAGAAAAUACAAUCGAGCAUCGAGUUACUUGAUCAUUCUACCACUUAGCAUGAUGUUACUGUUCAUUGUGAUACCACAAACGAUUAAUCUCUACUUCAUAUGGGGUGAUAUUAACUUGAUCGCUGAAAACUUAUCAGUUGGAAACAUGACCGUUUUAAUUGCCGUUUUCAAGACAACUAUCUUUUGGUUCAGUGGAAGAUCCAUUAGUGUUCUACUGUCAAAUAUGGAAGAAGAUCAAAAAAAUACGAAAACGAAGGAAGAAACAAGAAGGAUGAUGUACACUGCCAAAAUUUGCAGACGCCUAUCUCUCGUAUUUCUCUUAACGUCUAAAGUACUUAUUGUUUUUUUCAUCAUUCUAUAUUUUGUAUUCAUUCGUUUCGUCGGCCGUACCCUCAUAUUACGCUCUUAUUUUCCAUAUGACAUACAACCCACGCCAAAUUAUGAGCUGACCGUAUUUGCUCAAAUUCUGGCUGCGUAUUGCACUAGUGAGACUUACACGGCCGUAGACACUUUUGUGAUUACUUUAAUAUUUCACGCGUGUGGACAGUACGAAAAUUUAAAACAACGCUUACGUGAUUUGCCCUCUCACGGAGGCAAUCAGUUUAAAGCAGAGCUCUCUCAAAUCGUUAAAAAGCACGAUUCUCUAAACAGAUUCACCGAUACGAUCGAGGAACAAUUUAAUGACAUGUUACUAUUCCAAAUCCUAGGCUGUACGAUACAACUUUGCGUUACAUGCUUUCUGGUGUUAUUGUCCAUCGGAAGAAAUAAUGAAAUGGUUUUCGUACAAUUAAUUUUCCUUGCAAUCUUUAUAACAUUCAUCUUGGUACAGAUAUAUUUGUAUUGUUAUACAGGCGAGAAACUUCUUUCCGAGACUAUAGGAAUUAUUGAUGCCGCUUACGAAUAUCCGUGGUACGAAUUAUCACCAAACGAAGCUAAAUCGCUCAUGAUAAUAAUGCUACGAGCACGAAUACCUUUACACAUAACAGCUGGCAAAUUUUGUCCAUUAAGUCAUAAACUUUUUAGCAGUAUUCUAAAAACAUCGAUGAGUUACUUGUCGGUACUUCAUGCGAUGAAUAUC